ACUUGAUUGAUUGCAACCGUUUUGACCGUUCAUUCCCUCUUGCUGUAUGAGUUAAUGAGUUUAUUCCUUGUUAAUAUUCUUGCUUGCUAACCGUUGAAUUACUAUUGUCACUAUUAAUUUUCUAGAAAAUCAUGAUAUCAUAGUGAUAAUUACAUAGUGAGGAAAGCGUGUGAUCUGUCCAAAAUGACGUCUUUUUCAUUUGGGACUCCAUCAAGUGCCCCGGCCUCAUCCGGGCUCUCUUCAGGGUUCAGCUUCGGCGCUGCCAAACCCGCAACGCCGGGCUUCGGUCUGGCAACGUCGCAGCCUUCAGGCUUCGGUUUCGGCAGCACAGCGACUACGUCGGCACCCGCGUUCGGUGCAGCGCCCGCUUUUGGGGCCACAUCAACUGGUUUUGGUGCUAACACAGGCACUCCCGCAUUUGGGGCAGGUGCGACGUCGACGCCUGCGUUCGGGGCCAGCACUGGGUUUGGGGCGACGGCGACUCCCGCGUUUGGGGCAACUUCCACAGCACCAGCAUUUGGCGCAGCAACAGCAACACCUGCCUUUGGGGCUACUUCGGCUGCACCUGCCUUUGGAGCCACAUCAGCUGCCCCUGCCUUCGGGUCAAAUACUACACCAGCUUUUGGAGCCACUGCAACCCCUGCUUUUGGCACCACAACUACUCCAGCUUUUGGAGCAACCUCCCAGCCUGCAUUCGGGGCAACAACCACACCAGCCUUCGGCCAAACUAGUGCUCCAUCGUUUGGCGGUGGAUUGGGCACUGGCGGCCUCAACUUCGGAGCUGGGACUGGCACUGCUUCCACUGGACUAAGCUUCGGCACACCAGCUACCUCGGCCAGCACAGGGCUCGGAGGACUCGGGGGCUUUGGUUUUGGGGCUGCAGCUACCACCCAGAGUAGUUUCGGAUUCGGAGCCUCAACAAGCACAAGCAACAGUUUAUUUGGUGCCAAAUUAGGGGCGGCCACUGGACUGCAAACAUCCACUACAGUGACGCCCAGUCUCGGUUUAGGCGGAUUAUCACAAAGCGGCAUUGGGACUGCAAACACAACCACAGGCGAUGGAAAAAGUGAACCACCAAAACAGACCAAGCUGCCAAAUGAAAUCUUAACUGAUGUGGAGUCAUUCAAAGAGUUUGUGAAAAAGCAGAAGUCGCUUAGCUCUGAUAUCAUGAGGGUGUCGAUCAAGCCACUGCAUAAGGUGUCAAGUACGGCCGAGUCGACACUGCGUCAAGCGUUGUCGCUGAGCAGCGAGCUGGGCCGCGCGCGCGCCGCCUCCGCGCGCCUGCGCGCCUGCGCCGCCGCCGCGCUCGCGCACGCAGAGUCCACGGCGAGAGAUGCGCUCGGCACGGAGUUGGAGGGCAUGGCCCCGCCGGCGUACAUCAAAGAGCUGAUCGCAGAGCUGGAGCAGCAGAUAGUGACGUUCCGGCGGCAGAUGGAGGUCGCCGAUAAACAGAUGCAGUCCUCGCCGAAAUUGCUCACUGAACAAGAACUGAAUCUCGGUAUAAGGCGCAUGCACGAGUCGCUAGUAGCGCUGGCGGGCAGAUUGCAGGCCGUUCACACGCAAGUCGAGGCUCAGAAGGAGCAGUACCUCAACCUGAGGAAAUACGUGCUCAAAGACUCCACCGACGUGUUCGGCUCCGUGUCGGCCAGUAACAGCCUAGACCAGAUCCUGCGCGACGCUGAAGGCACGAGAAAGAAGACCAAGUCAGGAUUGAACGACAGCCUAGGUCGCGCCGUGCUUUCGGACCCUAGAGCCGCUUUAGGUAGCAUAGCUCAACUGGCCGGACCCACGCCGUUCAGUUACCUGGGCAACUCUUUUUCGCCAUUCCCUGGUGACAAUAGUGGCAGUUCUUGGCAGCCGGGCACCACCCCGACGGCCGCGCCAGCGAUGGCCGCGCCCGCGUUCGCUCCCGCCGACACUGGCGCCUUCCAGCUGCAGAAACCGCCCGGCAAGCGCGGCAAGCAAUGAUAUUGGCGGUAACCGGGGCUCAGCUAGCCCUGUGAAACUUCAAAAAUUAUGAACUUUACCUACUUCUGACGCGACUACGAACUUUCGCGCAUUCGCGUUGCUGCGGGUUCGAAUUUUACUUGCAGUAACUGCUCCGGUCAAAUCGGCAAGCAAUGAUAUUGGCGGUAGCCGGGGGCCCUGUGAAACUUCAAUAUAAAAUAACUUAAAAAUGAUGUACUUCCGACGUGUGACAGCCCAAUACAACAAAAUUAGAAGGCGCGCCAGCUCCGGUUUCGGCUUCUCUGCUCCGGUCAACGCGGCAAGCAAUGAUAUUUGCAGUAACCGGGGCUCAUAUAGACUUGUAAAAACUUCUAUAUAAACUAGCGUAGCUCCCAAAUUAAGUACCUAGUGACGCGCAACUACAGCCCAAUGUUUAGAAUUCGCGCCGCCCCUGGCUUUUAGUUCCGUAUCUGCGGCCAACAAUGAUAUUGGCUGUAAACUUACACAUUAUGAAAUUCUGUGAGACGUUAUUUAUUAAUUUAGGCGAAGGGUAAUGCGACACUAGCGCCACUUCGAACAUGAUCUUAAAUAAGCUUAAAUAAGUUUUUGAGGAGAAAUACAAACCAAAAAUUGUAUAGCGAUUUCAAAAAUACUAAAGACGUUUUCUAACCAAACCAGCUUUGUGCUACUUUUUACCCCAUAGUGUUAUUUGUAUUGAUGUGUUGCUGGAAUAAAAUAUUUAUAUUCUAUUGUAGGCUACUUUGUGGCACUAGUGUCUCAUUAACCUGAGCUUUAAUGAUAUGCCUAUAAGUGAAUGAUAAUGAUAUUAGGGGCAGUUAAAAACAGGAUAGCUAUGCGAUGAAAUAAUUGUAAUGAUACAUUUUUUACGGUAGAUAUUUAAUUAUUGUGUUCAUAAUAAAUCUACCAAAUAAAUAAACGUGGGUUAUAACGAUUCAAAUAUUCACAAUUUUGUAAUAAUGUGUUGCCAGUGAAGUUUGUAAAAAAGAAAUGUUUUUUAUGUAAAUGUUGACAUUAUUUUUUUUUAAUUUGAUGUUACUCAUGUUUAGCCUUCACAUGAAGCGGACAGUAUCUUGCUCGCAAGAUAAACUAUCCCUCUCAAAUUAUGACAGUUAGAAAAAGACAGGUAGCCUAUCUUGCGUAUAGAUACAUGUCUUCACUCUUAUCUUGCGAAUAUGAUCUUAAUGAAGAUCUCGUUACAGUACUUAUUUGUUAUUAUAUGUACAGUUAACCAAUUGGAAUUCUAUGCCACUGUAGAACUAUGUCAUAGUGACGUUAUAAAACAGAUUGUAAGAAAUGUCUUACUGCUUCUCAUUUUGACAUGGUUGUAGUGGCCUAGGGUUCCAAUUGGUUGACUGUACAUAAUUAUAUCGGUGCUAACUAGCGGUACGCUGAAGUGAUGUGUAUUAUUAAAGUUUAGAUACUAACAUGUAUAUAUAAACUCAGAGAAACUCUUGUAUUAAGACAUUGGAUAUUAUGUUCGUAUCGAAUUUUUUAACUAACAAUUUCUAUUAAUAAACGUCACUUAUUCGUGCCCGAGUUAGAUACCGCAUAUACUACUUAUGCUAAAAAUCUGUACAUAUUUGAAACUGUAAUUUAUGUGAAUCGGAAAUAUACAAAAUAAUUGUUAA